CAACAAUCAAUUGGCUAACGGGAUCAGUGACGUCAGACGCAAAGCACCGGGCCUACCGCUGGAGCGUGAGGGAGAACACGAAUUCCGUUUGGAGGUUUCUUUGAGUUCGCGGAGUAGGCAUCAUGAGCAAAGCUCACCCGCCGGAGUUGAAGAAAUUUAUGGACAAGAAAUUAUCAUUGAAAUUAAAUGGUGGCAGACAUGUCCAAGGAAUAUUGCGAGGAUUUGACCCCUUUAUGAACCUUGUGAUAGAUGAAUGUGUGGAGAUGGCAACAAGUGGUCAACAGAACAAUAUUGGAAUGGUGGUAAUACGAGGAAACAGUAUCAUCAUGUUAGAAGCCUUGGAACGAGUAUGAACAGUGGCUCUGCUCACCAGAGAAAUCAACUGCUUCCACAUUCUCCCCUCUCUCCGGCAUUUGUUGCAAUGAAAGCCAAGUCUUAUACAUUUUCUUACUGAAUUUUUUUGUUAAAUAAACUUUUGUAAUAAUCAAAAAUGAUUUCUUACAUGUUCUGAACAUGGAAAAUAGCUCUUAUUCUGACUUUUUCUAUCACGACCUGUUCCUGGUCGAGACUGAUUUGUUCAAAGGUUUUUAUGCAUUAAAAUAGAAGAAUCUGGAGUUCCUGUCGUGGCACAGUGGUUAACGAAUCCAACUAGGAACCAUGAGGUUGCGGGUUCAAUCCGUGGCCUUGCUCAGUGGGUUAAGGAUCCGGCGUUGCCGUGAGCUGUGGUGUAGGUCGCAGGCGCGGCUCGGAUCCCAAGUUGCUGUGGCUCUGGCGUAGGCCGGUGGCUAUAGCUCCGAUUCGACCCCUAACCUGGGAACCUCCGUAUGCCAUGGGAGCAGCUCAAGAAAAGGCAAAAAGACAAAAAAUAAAAAUAAAAUAGAAGAAUCUUCCUAAAUGUGAAACAUAGUAAGGAUACUCUUUUUCUCUGUCUUAUAUCACUGAACAGAGAUAAGCUGCAGACCUGGGUGGGUUUCUUCUGAAACAUUAACUGGAAUUUUCAAAAUUCUUGUAACUUUGAUGUACUCUGACUUUUCCAAGUACAUCGACAUUCCUAGUGUGGUUACAUUCAACACUGAACUGCGCAGGUCCACUUAGAUUUUUUUCCAAUAGAAAUACUGCAGUACUGCACUAUCCAUGGUUGGUUGACUCCAUGGAUUCAGAACUGGCUAGAGGAACCACAUAUGCAGAGGGCUGGCUAGAGUUAUAUGCAGACUUUUGUUUAAGGCUCAACCAUGUAGUAUAACAAAUAAAACACAGAAAGUAAUAAUGUCAUUGUUUUAUUUUGAACAGAAGUGAGGCACAUUUUUGAAUACAAGAGUAGAAAUGUAAUUUUGGAAAAAAACAUUGCAAUGAUUGUGGUCUUUGUGGAGUAGAGGAUAGUGAUAAUGCUGCCCAUACAUAAUAUAUUCACCUCGUUCAUAAAUUUUGUGGUGCACAAAUUUAUAUGAGAGCGAACAGGUGAUCAUAUCAUAGACCUAACUUUAAGGAACCUAUCAGGCAAAUGCUAAAGCUUAUUUUUGUGGUCUGGUAAAAUGCCUACAAGUUGUAUUUUCUCUAGAAGUGUGGAGAACAGGGUGUACAAACAAUGUAUACAUGAGGUACUUGUAAAAUAGAACAAAAUGGAUGGCAGAAUGUUAUUUCCUAUUCCUAGGAAAUGUUUACAGCAAAAGAGUAGCAGGAGAGAUCAAAUUAACUAGAGUUGACGUGAAUACAUUUUUAUUCAUUUUCCUCCAGUAGCUCUUUUUAAAUUACCAACUUUGGCAAGCUCAUGUUUUUUGCAACUAUGUAGAGCUGAAUUGUAGAAAUCGUUCUGUAAAUGUGGUUGCCUCUAGACUGUCAAUACUUUUACUAUCGAUUAAUACUAGAGUUUUCGAGAGAGAAAAUGCUUUGCAAUAUGGAUCUGCUUUGA